AUGGGACACAAACCUUCAAAGCGAAGAAAACAAACCAUCGAGGAUGGAGAACGAAAUCAAGAUGAAAAUGCCGUACGGCCAGCAAAAUGUCUCGGUCGUGUACAACGAGUGCAAAUGAAAUACUUCGGUGGUCAAGCUGUUGAAAAUGACGCAUCGAUGCAUAAAAUGCAAGAAGAUUUAUUAACUAUCGAUGAUAAAAUUAAACAAAGUUGCUCACCGCGACGUAAAAGAAAGCAACAGCGAGCAUCUAUCGAUGAUUACGAAUCUCAAAAUGAACAGUACUUAGAUCAACAUCAGCAAUUUGUAUGUAAUAAUGAUGACAAUUAUGCUUCACAUGUUUACGUUAAUGUCAAUCCACCGAUACAUUAUAACAAUCGAUCAUGGCAAUGUCGAUAUUGCGGCGAAGAGAAUCGAUUAGCUGCUAUCGAAUGUUAUCAAUGCGGAGAAAUCGAAAAUCGAUUUUAA